GUAGAAGAGGCACCGGAAAAUAAUAAUGCAUCCGAUGACAAGUCUACACCGCCCGCGAAGCCAAUGCCGCGUCCUCGUGGCAAGAGAAGGCGUCACGGUUAUGAUGGCGAUUCUAGUAGCGAGUCCGGUGAUUCAGAAUCAGAAGAUGUCGUCGAAGUAGACUCUCCUGCCAACGAAGAUGAAGAGCAGGAGGACAAUUUAAUCAGCGAAACCAAAGCACCACUGCCAGCAGCGCCUCAAGGAGAAGAACAGCCGGAACUAGUCGCUAAUGAAGAUGUCGAUCAGAAGCUAGAAAAGUAUCUUGAAGAUACAAUAAACCAAUCAGACAAGGAAGAUGCAGAGGAGGAGCGCGAAGUCAAUCAGACCUCUGUUGACAAUGACGAAGUUG